AUGUCGCUGACCAUCCUGACCGACGAGCAGAUUGCGGGGCUGCUGGAGGACCUGACGCUGGAAGAGGCCGAGGGCUUCCGCACUGCGCUCAAGACGGCCCUGCACGAGUACUCGACCGGGACGCAGACGGCCGGCCGAGGAGACGAUGUGCAGCAGCCGCCGCGGACGACGAUCUCGCCGGGAGGCGGCAGCACGCGGCCGUCGACUGUGUUUGUGCCGUCAUGGAGCCACGACGGCGUGGGAAUGAAGGUAUUGACGCUGGCGCCACCGGGUGAUGGCGAUGGCGAUGUUGAUGGUGAUGGCGAGCCGGCCAUGCGGCCGACCGGGGCCCUCUCGCUCUUCUCGCCGGCCGGCCGGCUGCUCGGGGUCCUGCAUGCGAGCACGCUGACGGCAUUUCGCACGGCGCUGGCAUCUUCAUGUCUGUUGCUGCGGCGUGACACUGUGCAGAAUGUGCUCGUUUUCGGCAGCGGCAUGCAGGCGUACUGGCACGUCCGGCUGGCACUGCUGUUUCGCGGUUCGACCAUUCGCCAUGUCAACAUCAUCUGCCGGCGACUGUCGCAGUCGAGCCAGCUGAUGCUCAAGCGCUUCUACAGCACGCCGGCCUACCGAAAGGAGCGCGAGGGCUGGGCCGAAACCCAGUUCAGCGUCCUCACGCCCGCCUACAACGAGUACAGCCGGCUGCUGGUCAAGAACCUGCGCAGCGCCGACGUCAUCUUCUGCUGCACGCCCUCGACCGAGCCGCUCUUUGAUGCGUCCGUCCUGACGAGCCACGAGGGCCGCCGCAAGGGCCGUCUGAUCGUCGCUGUUGGCUCGUUUAUGCGCAGCAUGCACGAGCUGCCGUCCGAGCUGCUGCGCCAGGCUACCCGCACCGAACGCCCGCACCACCAUUACCACAGGCAUGCCGUUGAGGGCGGCGUUGUCGUGGUCGACACGCUUGACGGCGCCCUGAAGGAGGCUGGCGAGAUCAUCGAUGCUGGCCUGACGCCGCGACAGGUGGUGGAGCUUGGCGAGCUGGUCAUGCUGUCACGCGUCAACCUCAAGGAAGAAGAGUACGGCUCAUCGUCCGCGGCCGCAAGCACGAGCACGCUGAGCGUGCCGUCGCUCGAGUUUGAGAGGCUGGAUUUGCAGUCGAUGCAGAUUUCCGCGUCCUCGUCGGCCAUGUCGACCGUGUUCGGACAGGACAGCAGCAAAUCGUCCGGGCGAGCAGCGUCGCCCUCGCCCAAGAGCGAGGGCCGCAGUAGCCGCAGGUCGCUGCAGCUUCACCGCCGGAGCUCCAGCCAGGCGUCGGUCGACACCCGGAAACAAAAGGAUGACCACCUGGCACGGUGGAUGCAGCGCGGAAACGUGGUGUACAAGAGUGUGGGGCUGGGUCUGAUGGAUCUCAGCGUCGGCCUGCACCUGAUCGACUUUGCGCGUUCAAAGGGCGUUGGCAGUCACAUUGGCGGAUUUUGA